AUGGCAGUAAAUAUUGCCUUAGAAACUACUAUGGGCAUCAUAACCCUCGAACUCUACACCAGCCACGCGCCCAAAACCUGCAAGAAUUUCGAAACCCUCAUCCGACGCGGCUACUACGAUUCCAUAAUCUUCCACCGAAUAAUCCCAAAUUUCAUGUUACAAACUGGUGAUCCGACUGGUACUGGACGGGGAGGUACAUCUAUAUAUGGUGAAAAAUUCGAAGAUGAAUUAGUUGCGCCGACUGGUUUGCCGACUUUAAAACAUACUGGAGCGGGAAUUCUUUCUAGUGUGUUUAUUUCUUAUCCCUAA